UUCCUCUGCAGCACAAUUCUCUCUCGCCCUCCCUCCUCAUGUUGGCAUCGCCUCGCUCUCCCUCACCUCCUCCCCUCUUCCUCCCCCCCUCCUCCUCCAUUAGCAGGACGAGCAGGCGAGGACGGGACAGCCGAGGCAGCACAAGAAGCAACGAAGCGUCAUGGAUGUCCUGAAGAAGGGGUUCUCCAUCGCCAAGGACGGCGUCGUGGCCGCCGCAGAGAAGACCAAAGCUGGCGUGGAGGAGGCCGCCGCCAAGACCAAGGAGGGGGUCAUGUAUGUCGGAAACAAGACGAUGGAGGGCGUGGUGACCGGCGUCAACACAGUGUCCCAGAAGACGAGCGAGCAGGCCAACAUCGUGGCCGACGCCACCGUUUCCGGGGCCAACGAGGUUGCCCAGGCAACGGUGGACAGCGUGGAGAGCGCCGCCUUAUCCACUGGAUUCGUCACUGUGACUGACGCUCCAAAAUCCCAAGAUGGUGGAGAACGCACCGAACAAGCUGCUCAGUAGCGUCACGUUCGCCAGUCAGCAGUCACUUCCUGUUUCUGCCCGUCCAAUGAGGAGAAAGAAGACCAAGCCCCGCCUUUCCCCUUGUGUUGUCAUGGCUACACUUGCUCAGCAUUCCCGCCCUCGCGCCACGCAGCUCUCGGCCGAUUGGUCGGUGUGUCGUGUGACGUCGCUCAGGCGCAACUCUGCUGCCUCAAGCGUCCAAUCGCAGGGCUGCAAGUCAGAAACGCAGCCGAUGCCCUUUACCGUGCAUGUCGCUUCAUUCGUCACUAAACACUCUUAACACACUUACCUGCAGUCUCCGUCUCUGAUAUUAACUGAGCUUCACUGCUACUUUUAUAAAACGAUAGAAAGGAAAUAAAGAUACCUCA